GGUGGUAGUUUGAGGAAUUGCCCUUUUAUGUCUUAGCCCUUCUAAGGUUUGUGCUGUAGACAUAACUGGUUUCUUGGCAUUGGCUUCCCCUUCCUCAAAGGUGGCAACCCUCUGGGGUGAGGUCAGGAAGGUGUCCUAGGGUGACUGUUAUCCCCAUUCAUGUGUAUGUAAUUUAUGCUGGAUAUUAUGUUCUGUGCCUUUAAGACUGGCAGAGUGAGAGUUUUGGUUUGGGCCUCUUAUCAGCCACUCGGCGGGACAUACAGAUAGCACCAGUGCAUGUUGCGGCUUUUCUGCUUUUUGCCCCGCUUUUUGCUUUCACGCUUGCUUCUGCUUUGCUUCUGCUUUACUUGCUCUUGCUUUUUUCCCCCCUUCUCAUUAGUUAAUUUAGCUAAACAGUCCAAAUUCCUUUCUGGACUGUUCCCCCACCCCGUUGGACGUGGUGACUGCUCUGGACUGGGAUUCAGAACACGGAGAGAGAUGUUACACCUUGUGACUGCAGCAGCUGCCUCAGCGCCGGAGGGACUGAUAACAGCAAACCACCCCCAGGGGAGACUUUCUGAAUUUGUCAUCUUUUUCAGAGCAGUGAAAGAGUGGUGCCAUCCGGUAUUGUUCAUUGUGUGUGCUGGGGGGUGCUGUGCUUGUCAAAUAAACAAGUUCUUUCCACCUCUCUUUGAGGAAUUCUUCCCGAACCAGUUGGGGGGAGGGGCCGUGUGGGUUUGCUUUUGGAGAAGCCCUUUUUGGGGAUUCUCUCCCAAAUUUGCCCUAAACCAGGACAAAUUUUGGCUCGCAGAGCAUGGGGCUCAAGAGAGAGUGGAGAAACCCUGUUUUGAGUGCAUUUUGGUUACCAUUAUUCUGUUUCAGUAUAAAGCAGUUAAUAGACAUGUUUUUUGAAUUCAUAAUGUCUAUUGGGGUGAAGGCUUGCAUGCAUUUCUGGUCCCUAGGGUUUUCUGAGAUCUUAAUAUCUCUAUGGUCCCUUGGUUUGUUUUCUUAUCCAGAAAUAGCUCUUGUAUUGUCCCUAAUACAUAGCUUUUACAGCAGAGGGGCAGUGACCAGAGUAGCUAUCCUGCUGGGCUUGGUGGUAAUAGCUUGUAAGAAGUUUAUAAACAUGCUGGGGUCUGCUCCAGGUGUGAAUGGUUCAUGGCUAUGGUUAGGCAUCCAGAUUGUUAGAGGAGGAGCAGGGGGUGAGGCUUUUCAGCCUUUGCUUUCCUUCUUCUCCUCUAAAUCUGUUACGUCACUGUUGGAGAAUGUUCAGUUUCCCCUGAAUGUUAAAGAGACCAUCUUUCUAGUACUCAAUCUGGUAAGCUUGCUCUAUAUAGUCUGCUGCAUCUCUAGAAUGAGGGCUGAGAUUUCUAGACGGGCUGAUGAGAUCCCUGACUCAGGAAUAGACCCAGGUGUGGAAAAUCCUAAGUGGUGUGGGGAAUGGGAGAAUAUGGGCCAAAUCCUGAAGGAAUUCUCUGACCCUAUAGUCUGGGACUUUCCCCAUGAACAAAUUCAGAACCCAGUUAAGGUGGGGAAAUAUUUGAAAGAGAAGUACCAGGAUGACCCUAAAGAGAAAAAGAUCAUUGCAGUGAGCUUGGCCUUGGCCUAUGCUUAUGGCACACUGCUAGAUACUGUCGGGCAGCAGACAGAGGCAGGGGGGCAGGGAGACAAAGCAGCCAAGCUAGACAGUGAGCCUAAGCCAGCAGCUAAACCAAUGGCUGUAGCUACCAGCACUAGAAGUGGGAAAUGCACGGGCAAGACCAAUCAACCAGUGGAUGAUGAUGAUGAUGAUGCAGGAGAAGGACCUUCAGCACCUCCUGAUGUAAAAUCAGAAGUCAAAGCAGCAGGUGCCAGACCAGAAGCCAAUAUGGAGUCCUUUUCCCUGAAGGACCUCCGUGGCCUAAGGAAGGAUUACACCCGGCGACCCGAUGAAUCCAUAAUUAGUUGGUUAGUCCGUCUCUGGGAUGCUGCAGGUGAGGCCACAAUUCUGGAUGGCACUGAAGCCAGGCAUUUGGGAUCCCUGUCACAUGAUCCUGUCAUCGACCAUGGAAUGAUGAGGGGGGUUAAUCCUCACAGCCUCUGGGCACGGGUCCUGGGAAGUGUAGCACAAAGAUACCUGUGUGCAGAUGAUCUUUAUAUGCAGCAGACUCAGUGGAAGACCAUAGAGCAAGGGAUCCAACGCUUGAGAGAAAUGGCAGUGGCAGAGAUUGUCUUCUCAGAUGACGUAACAACUAGGAACCCAGACUUGGUACCCUGCACGUCUGUGAUGUGGCAGAAACUUGUAUGACUAGGGCCACACGAAUAUGCUUCUGCCUUAGCCAUAAUGAAGCGGGAUGAGAGGGAUGAGACUGUGCUGGAUAUGGCAAAGAAGCUCCGAGCAUAUGCAGACGCUGUGCAUGGCCCAACACAUGCCAGGAUUGCAGCAGUGGAAACACGUCUGCAGAAGUUAGAGGAUAAGAUAGAGGAGAAUCACAAGAAGCUCAGGGAGGAGAUUAAGGAAGACUUCUCCAAUCUCAGCAGUACAGAUCAGAGGUCCUAGUGCCCAAUACAGACGUUCCCCAGAUGGAGAGAGAAGGUACACCCCACGAGCUGAGCUGUGGUUCUUCCUGCGUGAUAGUGGAGAGAACAUGAGGAGAUGGGAUGGGAAAUCUACUGCUGCUCUGGCACGACGGGUACGUGAAUUGAAGGAAGGCAGGACUCAGAGAGGGAGUUCCACCAAGAGGGAAGCAGCUCCAGUUGCCCAUAGCCGAACUGCCAGAUAUGAUGAUGAUAUGUCUGAUCCCCUUGAAGGAACAUCCAAGACAUAUGCCCAGGGAAAGAAGGA